UGGGUUGCCCGGAGUAGGGGAGGGAGUGGGGAGCUCGGAAGCCUGGUCCCGCGCGCCAGCCAGCCAGCCAGCCAGCCAGCGCGUGAGUGGCCCCGCGCCGCCGCCGCGAAAGCGCCUGCGUACGGGCGCGCGGGCCUCGGCCUCCCUUUCUCUGCCCCCUCCUCUUUUUCAACGCCCGCGGCGCGAGCCUGGAAGAGCCAACGGCUGUGGUGGCAGCGACGGCGGCCGCCAUGGCCCAACUGGGGCCUACACGGGGGCCGAGAUAGGGGGAGACGGCGGCGCCUCUGGGCCCAGGGAAGGGGUCAAGAAAAGAAAACUCGAACCCUCUCCUUCUCUCUCUCUCCCUCUCUCUCAAUCUCUCUCCCUCCCUCCCUUACUCACACACAAACACACGCGUGUGCGCGCGCAUCAACUGGGCCCGGAGAACGAGAGGGCCUCGCCAGUACCAGGUUCAUUUUAAUACUGUGUAUUGUGGAUAUUAGCAGAAAGCAGAAAAAUGGGUGUCAAAACAUUUACCCACAGUUCUCCUGCUCACAGCCAGGAGAUGCUUGGAAAGCUUAACAUGCUGCGCAAUGAUGGACAUUUCUGUGAUAUCACUAUCCGUGUCCAAGACAAAAUCUUCAGAGCACAUAAGGUGGUACUGGCAGCCUGCAGCGAUUUCUUCCGUUCCAAGUUGGUUGGCCAAGCAGAAGAUGACAGCAAAAGUGUACUUGACCUGCACCAUGUGACAGUGACCGGGUUCAUGCCUCUUCUAGAAUAUGCAUACACAGCAACAUUGUCUAUUAACACAGAAAAUAUUAUUGAUGUCUUGGCUGCAGCUAGCUAUAUGCAAAUGUUUAGUGUUGCUAGCACUUGUUCAGAAUUCAUGAAGUCAAGUAUUUUAUGGAACACUCCCAGUAGCCAGCAAGAAAAGGUGCUAGACACUGGACAGGAAAACAGUGCAAAUUGCAACUUUACCUCUCGAGAUGGCAGCCUUUCUCCAGUUUCCUCAGAAUGCAGUGUGGUAGAAAGAACCAUUCCUGUCUGCAGAGAAUCACGGCGUAAGCGCAAAAGCUACAUAGUAAUGUCUCCAGAAAGUCCACUUAAAUGUAGCACUCAGACAAACUCCCCCCAGGUUCUAAAUACUUCAGCUUCCUAUGCAGAGUCUAGAAAUCAUCCAGUAGACUCUUCUUUAGCUUUUCCUUGGACUUUUCCUUUUGGAAUUGACCGAAGACUUCAGUCAGAGAAGGCAAAACAAGUUGAAAAUUCUCGGACUCUAGAAGUGCCUGGUCCAUCUGAAACAUCUAGAAGAAUUGCUGAUUAUAUGACUUGUGAGAGCACAAAGGCCAGCUCACCUCUUGUGAUUGAAGAAGAUGUACGUGUAAAAGUCGAAAGGUUAAGUGAUGAGGAAGUCCAUGAGGAGGUAUCACAGCCUGUUAGCGCAUCCCAAAGUUCUCUGAGUGACCAGCAGACAGUUCCAGGAAGUGAGCAAGUCCAGGAAGACCUUCUGAUCAGCCCACAGUCAUCUUCUAUAGGUUCAAUAGAUGAAGGGGUCACUGAAGGAUUGCCAACACUCCAGAGUACCUCUGGUGGUAACGUUCAUGCAGAUGAUGAUGAUCGACUGGAGAAUGUGCAGUAUCCUUACCAGCUCUAUAUUGCUCCUUCAACCAGUAGCACAGAAAGACCCAGCCCAAAUGGCCCUGAUAGACCUUUUCAGUGUCCAACUUGUGGUGUUCGAUUCACCCGUAUUCAGAAUUUAAAACAGCACAUGCUCAUCCACUCAGGCAUUAAACCAUUUCAGUGUGACCGUUGCGGGAAAAAGUUCACCCGGGCUUAUUCGCUAAAGAUGCAUCGCCUGAAGCACGAAGGUAAACGCUGUUUCCGGUGCCAGAUAUGUAGUGCCACUUUCACUUCCUUCGGGGAAUAUAAACACCACAUGAGGGUUUCCCGGCACAUUAUCCGCAAGCCUCGGAUUUACGAGUGCAAAACAUGUGGCGCCAUGUUCACCAACUCUGGAAAUUUAAUCGUUCAUCUGAGGAGUCUGAACCAUGAAGCGUCAGAGCUAGCAAACUACUUCCAGAGCAGUGAUUUCCUAGUACCGGACUACUUAAAUCAAGAACAAGAAGAGACCCUCGGCCAGUAUGAGCUAGGAGAGCAUGGAUUUGAAAGCAACUCCUCUGUCCAAAUGCCUGUUAUUUCACAGGUCUCAUCAACUCAGAAUUGUGAAAGCACUUUCUCCUUGGGGCCUCUGGGUGGGUUGGCAGAAAAGGAAGAAGAUAUGUCAGAGCAGCCAAAGACUGUUGCAAGUGCCGAGGCGAGCCGAGAUGACCCCCCAAAACCAGGGCUCUCAUCUAUUACUAUUGAAUAAAUCAAAAGUUUGGUUUCAUUUUUGUCUUUUUGGAAAGUGCCUGUGUUUGGUCUUGUACAUUUUAAUUUAAUUUUCAGAAGGGGGGAGAAUGUACCCCUUUUUAUUUUGUAAGCUAUGCUGUUAAAACUGUAAACUGCAACAGAUUGUUACACUAUUCUUCAUAACCAAAUGGUCACUUCUGUGGAAACAUUUUAAGACUGAAAUGCACAGUAAAGGUUCUGUCAGAACUUAACAUGCACUUCUAAAGAAGAGCCAAACGCAUGCAAGCUACUUUUGUAGUUUCUUACUUUAAGGUUAGACCUAAUCCUUAAUGGAUAGUUGUGCCACCCCGUUUCCCCAGAAAGUCUGAUAAAGGAAGAAGAAUUUGUGACCCUUAAAAUCAAUGUUGAGUACGCUGUCAAGUAUGGAACAAAUUACUAGUGUUAGUAGACGUGAGUAUUUUUGCCAAGAAGAAAUCUCUUUGGUCUCAUAAUUUCUUUAAGCGUGCUUACUGUAACCAUUUCUAAAACUUUCAGGACCUCUGUUUUUAAAAGCGGAUGAUUGAUUGACUUAACAAAGCAAGGGGGAACAAGCCCAGGUAUACACACCUCUGGUCUGCCAUUCCUUUUUUAAAAUGGCUCAAGCAAAUAGCCCUGCAUGGAUUUAUUCUGUGAAGUGGUACAUAAAAACUCUCUAGUCAAGAAAUCCUAGUUAUGUUUAACAAUUUGGGACUGUAUGGAGAGGAGAGAGUUUACAAAAGUCAAAAGAGUACUGUACCCUUUUGUGGUAAUACAUCUGUGUGUGUGCUUGGUAUGGUUUUAUUACCGUGUUUUUAGAUAAAACAACCAAUUUAUUUUCCUUUAGAGGCCAAACUUCUAACCCAAGAGGGGCUGUUUACAAAAGCCCUGUUUACAGUGAUAAAAUGUUCAUAUUCUAAAACAUUUUUAUACCCAUGUCAAGCUGGUUUCAUAAAGGCUAUUGCUAUAGCUACAUGCAUAAGUCCAGCAAGCAAUAAUCUGAAAGACUAGUCAUUUCACUUUCUCAAUCUGUGUUUAUAAAAGCUUGUAAACACAAGAUAGGGCAUUUCCAGGCCAGCAGUUUUCAUUUUGUUGCUAGCAUCUUCUGUUGUUAGUAAAAAAUAGAAAUUUAGAUUGGACUGUAUUAUACUUAUUUUAUUGAGCUUUGAGCAAAUGAAACCAUCAAAACUUCCUAAUUCAGCUAAUGCUAUUUUGAAAAGUGCAAGAUUCCUCUAAGGUGGUACCAGUGACUUGAAUUUCAAAUAAUUAUCAAACUUGAGGAUAAAAUAGAAAAGAGUUGAUAGGAAAAAAAAAUGGUUGAGUAGUUGCAUAGCUCAAACAACAGUGCUGAUACUUUAUGCAGCUAUGUUUGAAAUCUGGGAAAAAAAUGGAAAGUUAUAGUUUUGUCAUGUUUCUGCUAAUAGCAAAUCCACAAAGGAAACCACUUUUUGCACUUCUCUGCAACUCUUGUAAAGCAGCUUAAUAGAGAAUCACUAACAAAGUUUAACUAUAAGAGUUCUGUUUAGGUUUUACAUUAUUUCUCAUGAAUUUUAAACCCAAAUAAAUUAAAUCCCUCUUCCAGAUUGGUAAAGAUAGUAUAUGCGAAAAAGUAUGCCCAUGUUGAGGCUCUGUUCCCAUUUUAGGUAAGUAUGAAGUAUGGUAAUUCCAUUACUCACCAAAACAAAAACCCGAAACCCAGUGAAAGAAGUUAACUGGCUAUAUAUACAGUGAUUUUAGUGUUUGAAUGAUUCCUCUAGGGACUAUUCAUUUAUUUUCUCCCAUAAAUUCAGGUUUAAAGUAACAUAUUUUAAUAUAUGAGUGUUUUAUCUUGGAACAACAUUAAAUCAUGAGUCUAAAUGCUCUAGAAAUGUCAGUUACAUACAAAUUGGUACUUGACAAAUAAUUUGACAAGUGUUGGGAAUUUGUUUAACCUUUUACCCACAGAUACCUUGUUCUGCCUGCACAGCACACCUUCUCUAGUGUAAGGUUCAUUGUGAGGUAUAAUUUGACAGUGCAAAUUGUACAUUUGAUAUGUACAAAUGUAGAGCAGGUGAUCUACAUUAAAAUAUUUUAAGAGAUCUAAAAUUUUAUCAGAGAGUAAACAGCUUUCUGAAAAUGUAAUAAUAAACACUAAGGAAAUAAUUUCAUAAGAAUUGUGUUUAAGCUCAUUAUUUUUAUUCUCCUUUACAAAAGUUAAAAGUGAAUAUAGUUAGUUUGUGUGAAUCAUGUGUUACUGUGUUGCAUCACAGUACAAAAAGUUGAUAUAUAUUUAGUUUGAACUCUCAGCCCGUAUCACAAUUCUCUCUUCACAGAGAGAGGCCUUUUUAGACAUAUGCUUGUUCCCUAUUGAAGGACUAGCCCUCUCCCUAGAGCUACCUACCAAUGAAAAUAUGCCACUCUUUCUCUUCUCCUCCUCCUCCCCCUCCAACAUUCUGGAAAUGUUUUCAUGUAUGAUCAGACAGAUUUUAGUUUGAGGCAUUUAAAUGAAACCCUGUGGUGAAUAUUCAUGGUCCAAAAAGCAGAUAUUGAACACCUUGGACAAAGUGCAUGUUUAAUUUGAAAAUGCAAGCCCAAUUAUUUCAAACUGAAUAUCUAUGCAGCAGAUUUUAAGUUGGAUGGCAAACUGUCAACCCCAUGGGGUACAUCUGGCCCCCAAGAAAAUUUGGUUGGUCCUUUGGAAAUCUGAGUUCUGGGCAGCAUCUCCUCCUCCUGCUGCUACAACACCCUCUUGGCCUGGGCAGCUGGCUUUCACCCACUCAUCCACGCUAUACAAUUGAAGGAGAAUGACCUUAGGCCCCCUAUGGGAUGCUGCCACAGUUGUCUUGUCACGGAAAGCACGAAUGAAUAAAUGGACCAGCCCCCAACCAGCUAGCUGGAUGAUGAAGAUGCCAGCCCCUUUGUGUUUCAGCAGAUUGCCCGCCCCCUUUUUAACUUAACUAAAAAUUACUUGUUUCAAGAUAAGACCAGAAUUUAUUUUGAGCAAAAUGUUCCUGACAAAAAAUAGUAAAAUUUAAUUGAUUUGGCGACACAGAAUCUUCUGAUAGUGUUGGGUUUUAUUGUUAGCAUCCAGGUUAUUCAUGUGAUAGCCUGAUGAGAGCUGUAUGUGUGAUGUAGUGCGCUGCGGUCAGUAUUUACAGUCUUCCUGUGGUUUCUAAGAAAGUGAAUUUUAUAUUCAUAUGCAAAGCUUCUGUUCCUGCACAGAAUUUGGAAAGGGGGGCACAUAAGGUAGCUAAUACCAUACCUUUGCCUCCUUUGAGUCACAGAGGUAGCAGCCAUUGCACACUGCAGUGGGGUUUAAAAGAUGGGUGAUUGUUUUAAUGUGUUGACACUUGGACAUGGAGAGUGUGUGUCUGUGGGAGGUCAGAUCAUGUUCCCGGAAAUCACAAUGUGGGAUGUGUCCGAUGCGUGUUACAAAUGUACUUCUGUCGCCAGCUUCUAGCUCAUUUCCCUUUGGAUGCAUCUUUUGGAAAGCCGUUUAACCUCUUGUCUCAGACUGAACAGUUUUAUGCUCCCAGUUGUAAUGAACACAACAGUCAGAAAUGUCUUUGAAAUAGUUCUAGUUUGGGCACGUAUCCUUAGUCUGAAAAGUGUACAUGUAAUUUUUUUUUAAGUAACCAGUGCCAGUGUAGCAAAAAAUAUAUAUAUUAUAUAUAUAUAUUAUAUUUUAUAAAACUAUAGUUCCUAGGUCCCAAAUCCCAAAAAAGAUUAAAACUGUAUUUUUUUAACAAUGCAUUUGCAAAUUUUUAAAUAGUGGCUUUGACCAGGACGUGGGGAAAGGGGGGUAUUACUAAUUUUUCUUCACCAGCCUCAUGAAUAGUGUUAGAUCCAAAUCCCUGCCGCUUUCUUAGAAGUCUGCAGAACCUGGCGUACAAGGAAUGGUUUGGAUGGUGUUUGAUAAGGAGAAGAAAUUUUUGUUCCUUGGUUGCCUUGAUGCAAAAAGCAAGGCUUACUUUUUUUUAGAACAGGCAGAACAAAAUGUUGUUACAGUCGUUGAUCCUAAGUCCCUGUAGGAACACGUGGUUCCCGUCAGGUUCAGACUUACAUUGUGCUAUACUACAAGGCUUUGUGGGUCAUACUUGGCCAGGAAUUGGGGUAGAAUAAGAAAUAAUUAAUGCUACAACAUUAGUAGAAUAAACUAUUUUAAAGCACAUUCAUGCAAAUAUUUAAAAUGCAAAAAUCAGUAAUUUUAAAGCUCUCUGACUUGUUUUUUAUUUUGAAUUCUCUGUAUGGUAACAGAGUACUUCAGCUGCUUUCUGGAGAGAUUUGAGAUACAUGAAAAUGGUUGUGAUGUUUGUUUGUUUUAUUUAGGCUGUUGCACGCUGCCAAUUUAUUCUGACUAUAGCCCCAGCCAGUGGAAGCUUGAGUGUGCUUCCUGGCCCCAUUUUUGCAGUGCUGUCUGUCUCUGGGCCUUUGUAGAGUCCUCCAAGGGAAAGGGAGUCAAGCUGGAGUCGCAACUGUGAAUCACAUUCUCAAGGGACGUUCCAGCUACUGCGUGAACCUCCCUCUUCCUAUUAACUGUGCCAGUCUUCAGUCACCAGCCGCCAUCUCAUAGAGCUUUUCUUGUCCGUGCUGACCACAGCUAGGCUAUUUGGCAUGUUUAUUGACUUAAUGGAAAAAUGUUUUUUGGGUUUGGUUUUUUUAAUGUUGAAAUACACUUUGCAUUUUAUAUACUAUAUCUCGCUAUUAGUAUUUUUCAGGAACCCAUAGUUCUUGGUGGCUAUAUAUAUAUUUUUGUGACUUUUUGUAAACUAAAGUGCCGUUUCACUGUUACAAUCAUUUCUAGAGUUCUUGUAAUCAAUGUGAAUAUCAUGGUUUUUUCAAAAUCUGUUCUGAGCCUGUAGUGUUUGCUUUUGUGAUUCUCUGUGUAAUGUAUAUAUUCUGUAUAGUUACCUUGUACUGAAAUAUUAGCUUGUUUGAUAUAAGAAGAAUAUGUAUUGGGUACCUUUUUUGCUAGCCUGGUUGUUUAAUCUUUAAAAAAAAACAAAAACAAACAAAAAAAUAUCCAGACUGGUCCCAUUAUAAGUCAAAAUUGAGAGGGAAGAAAAACUAGUUUUGAGUGUCUUUGGAUAGAAACAUGAUGCUAAGAUUUUUCAUUAAAAUAUUAAUGUUUUAUGGAGUAA